AUGUCCAUAUCCAUGCCACUCCACAAUGGCAAUGGCAAUGACAGGGCACCCACCGACGCCCUAGACGCGGUCGACUACAAUCCAAUUGACCACCUCAACGCCCUCUUCUCCCACCCCUCGACCCUCGCUCACGUCUCCCAAGUGUCGCAGUCGCUGCAACGACACCAAGAUGCCCUCGACGCCGACAUUUCCCAUCUCGUCACCCUCCAAAGCACCUCCGACUCGGACAGCGUGCGACGCAUGCAAGAUGCCAAAGCCGAACUGGCCGGAUUGUUUGCCAAAAUCGAAGGGGUUCGCGAGCGGGCAUUGGAGACGGAGCGGGCGAUUGGCGACAUGACGGCCGAUAUCAAGAAGCUGGACAGCACCAAGAGGAAUCUCACCUUGUCCAUGACGGCAUUGAAACGAUUGCAGAUGUUGACGACGGCUUAUGAACAAUUACGAGCAUGCAUCCAGACGAAGCAAUAUCGAGAAUGCGCCCAUCUCUUGCAAGCCGUCAUCCAGCUCAUGGCGCAUUUCAAGAGCUAUCGGAGCAUCGAUCAGAUUGCCGCCCUGAGCAAGAAUGUGGCCGAGGUGCAGAGGGCCUUGCUGGAGCAGAUUUGUGAGGAUUUUCAAGUCGCCUUUGCCAAUGAUGAGGUGCAGCAGGAUCGGACCAUGCUGCACGACGCCUGUCAGGUGCUGGAUGCGCUGGGCGACGAUGCCCGCGCCCGCCUCAUCACAUGGUACUGCAAUGCCCAGUUGAGGGAGUACCGACGCGUCUUCCGCGGGAAUGAAGAGGCGGGAUCGUUGGACAACAUCGCGCGGAGAUAUUCCUGGUUCCAUCGCAUGUUGAAGACGUGGGAUGCCGAACACGCCCUCCUCUUCCCGCCCGCCUGGAAGGUCAAUGAGAUGCUGGCCAAUGCCUUUUGUGAGAAUACGCGAGACGACUACAAGGGAAUCUUGCAGAAAUCCAUGCGACGCGCCGAUGGUCGCCCGCCGGAUGUCAAUCUCUUGUUGUCCUGCUUGCAGGAGACGCUCGACUUCGAGCACAGUCUGGAACGUCGCUUCUCCCUCGGAGAGUCCCGGUCCUCCAUGGACACCGUCAUGUCGGGGGAGGAGCGGAGAGCGGGCUUCAGCCAGGCCAUCUCCGAGGCCUUUGAACCAUAUCUCAGCAUCUGGGUCGAGUCGCAAGACAAGCAGCUGUCCUCGCUCAUCCCUAAAUACCGCCAGCAACCCCUCCGCAAUCCCGAAGAGGAAUUCAACGCCCAGCUGGUCAUUCCCUCCUCCACAGAGCUCUUCCACACCUAUCGUGUCACUCUGGCCCAAUGUGCAAAGCUUUCCACCGGAAGUCGACUGUUGGAGCUGUCCAAGACAUUUGCAAGAUAUCUCGAUGCCUAUGGCCAGCAAGUUCUCUUCCACUUCCUCGCGGAAAAGACGGGCGGGCCGAGUGUGGAGGAUGCGGUCAUAAUCCUCAACACCGCCGACUACUGCUACCAAACCACAAAUCAACUGGAAGAGAAGAUCAAGUCUCGUAUUGAUGAAGAUUUACGCGAAAAGGUAGACUUGCAAUCCCAAGCGGACGCAUUCCUGGGCGUCGCCGCGGCGGCAGUCAAAAGUCUCGUCCACAAAACUGAACGCGACUGCGAACCUGCCUGGCGAGAAAUGCGCACCAUACCGUGGAGUAGAAUGGACAGCGUCGGGGAUCAAUCACCCUUCGUCUACUCCCUCCUCCAACGGAUCAAAGACGGCAGUAGAGAAAUCCUCAAAUACCUCCACAAACCACAAUACUCCCGCGCCUACUGCGACAACAUGGUCGACGCUUUCACCAACACCUACAUCACCAACAUCGUCGCCAGCCGUCCCAUUUUCGAGACGGGAGCGGAACAGAUGCUCCUCGAUUCAUACGUGUUGAAAAAAGGUCUCGCAGAGCUAGCAACUCUCACCUCCGAACCGGGAACACCUCCCAAUGCCGCCUUUGUCAAGAGGGUCCAACAAACGACUGCGAAAUUGGAUCCCAUCCUCAAAACCCUCCAAGUCCGAGCCAGUCCUCCGGAAGGGUUGGUUCAAGCCUAUCUCAUCCACAUCCGCGAUCGCUCCGAAGCGAACUUUAAAAAACUGCUCGAAAUUAAAGGGAUCGUGCGGAAGGGAGAUCAGAAUCAUCUUGUGGAACUCUUCAACGCGCAUAAAUCCAGUCCGGCGAAUGAAUCUCUACAAGCCAGCAACCCAUUGAUUGCCGCAUUACAACUCACCCAUCCAUCCAACCACCUUCCCGCAAGCACGACUUCCUCCGUCUCCUCCGCCGUGGGACUGUCAACGCUAGCGAGUCUGAAGGAUUCCGCUGCGACGACGGUGGGGACGCCGAGUCUGCAGGGGAGAUUUGAUCCCGGGAAUUUCGGGGCGGCGUUGAUGAAUGCCGCGAGGGAUGCGGGUGAUCGGUUUGGUGGUGGAAGUCCCGGGGUUGGUGGGGGAGUUGGGGGGAGUAGUAGGGUGGGGAGUCCGGGGAUGAUGAAUCUUGGUGAUGAGGGUUUGGAAGGCGGGUUGGGGAAGUUGGGCAAGUUUUUUAGGGGGAGGGGCUAG